AUGGAGGAUAUAUCGAAAUACGCGCACAGUCCUGCACACGUGGCAGUAGCGAGGCGUGACCAUGCCGCACUGCGCCACCUCGUUUCCUCCAUUCCUCGACUCGCCAAAGCCGGUGAGGUCAACACUGAAGCUGAAUCGCUCGCGGCGGAGCUCAAAGCCGACCAGGUGUCCGCGGUUAUCGACCGCCGCGACGUUCCGGGAAGAGAAACCCCUCUCCACCUGGCGGUGCGUCUCAGAGACGCUGUCUCCGCCGAGAUUCUCAUGUGUGCUGGUGCGGAUUGGAGUCUUCAGAACGAGCACGGUUGGAGUGCGCUCCAAGAAGCCGUGUGCACUAGAGAGGAAGCCAUUGCGGUGAUCAUCGCGCGCCACUACCAGCCUCUUGCGUGGGCCAAAUGGUGCCGCAGACUUCCCCGAAUUGUGGCUUCCGCUGCUCGAAUCCGCGACUUCUACAUGGAGAUAUCUUUCCAUUUCGAGAGCUCCGUCAUUCCCUUCAUUGGCCGCAUUGCCCCUUCCGACACCUACCGUAUUUGGAAGCGCGGUUCCAACCUCCGCGCUGAUAUGACCCUGGCUGGCUUCGACGGAUUCCGCAUCCAGCGUUCCGACCAAACCUUUUUGUUCCUCGGAGAGGGUUAUGCUUCCGAGGAUGGGAAUUUGAACCUACCACCGGGUUCUUUGCUUGCGCUUUCUCACAAGGAGAAGGAGGUUACCAAUGCUUUGGAGGGAGCUGGUACGCAGCCAACGGAAGCUGAGGUUAAUCAUGAAGUUUCUUUGAUGUCUCAGACUAAUAUGUAUAGACCCGGUAUUGAUGUUACUCAGGCGGAGCUUGUUCCCCAUUUGAAUUGGCGGCGACAGGAGAAGACUGAGAUGGUGGGAUAUUGGAAGGCUAAGGUUUAUGACAUGCUUCAUGUCAUGGUGAGUGUCAAGUCGAGGAGGGUGCCGGGUGCUAUGACUGAUGAGGAGCUUUUUGCUGUGGAUGAUGGAGAGAGUAUGGUGAAUGGAGAGAAUAAUGAUGAGUAUGAUGAUGUGUUGACCGCUGAGGAAAAAAUGCAGUUGGAUUCGGCGCUGCGGAUGGGAAACUCUGAUGGUAUUUGUCAGGAGGAGGAGCCUGGAGGAGGGUUUGAUGGUCAUGAGAAUGGUUCAGCAGCGUCCUAUUCUGAAGCCAAUGGUGGGGCUAAAGAGAAGAAGAGCUGGUUUGGUUGGAACAAGAAAAACAUGAAGGCUGGCGGCGGUGAGGAGCUUGAGGAUUUUAAGUCUGCGAAGAAGCUUUCGGGUGAUCCGCAAAAGCCACAACCUGAUGUUGUGAAGGAUAAAAACUUCAAGAGGAAAAAGAAGAAAGGAGGAGUUAAUGAGUCUAAGAAUGAGAGUGAGUACAAAAAGGGCUUAAGACCUGUCUUGUGGUUGACACCGGACUUUCCUUUGAAAACAGACGAACUUCUGCCCUUGCUUGACAUCUUAGCAAACAAGGUUAAGGCUAUUAGGAGACUCAGAGAACUUUUGACGACUAAACUUCCUCAUGGAACCUUUCCUGUUAAGGUGGCUAUACCUAUAGUUCCUACUAUACGAGUCCUUGUCACCUUUACGAAAUUUGAGGAGCUUCAGCCAGCAGAGGAGUUUUCAACUCCACUCUCCAGCCCAGCAUACUUCCAGGAUGCCAAAUCCAAGGAAUCAGAAGGGUCUACGUCGUGGAUUUCAUGGAUGAAAGGAAGUCGAGGUACACAGUCCAAUGAUUCUGAUAGUCAUAGAUAUAGGGAUGAAAUCGACCCUUUCAGUAUACCUUCGGACUACAAAUGGGUGGAUGCCAAUGAGAGGAAACGCCGUAUGAAGGCAAAGAGAGCUAAAAAUAAGAAACAUAAGAAGCAGACAGCCGCCAAAGGAGGAGAUGGAUUACAACUAGGGGGUGAGGACGUGGAAGAAUACUAA